AUGGCCAUCCCAGCCGAUCCCAAGACUCCUAAUGAUGCGGAGGCGAGCCGCCACGCCACUUCAGUUAAUCCCAACCGUAUCGGAUUCGACUCACAGAAAUUCGACUUCGCUCAAGCCAGAGAGAGAUGUGCCGGCGCCAUGCUGAGAUUUAAUUUCCAGCCCGCCGACAUAGACCCGGUUGACCAGAUUACUCUUUGGCUUGACGUGGUAGACCCUGCUCGAACCCGGCACCCAAUCGCUACCGGCGGUUCCGUUGAGCCAAUCCCGCGUCCGCCCCGAGAUAUUCGCACGUAUGACCAGGCAUUGCUGAGUGCUGCUACUGGUUGCGACGUGCCGAGGGGCUGGAACCCCGUAAUCCCCAAUAUUCAACCCCCUCUCGUCUUGGAGUAUGGCCUCCGUGUCCGCAUACACCCGAGUGCGUUCCUUAACUACGGAUGUAAGAUUCUCGACACCCCUGUCAGCUGCAUCACGAUCGGUGCGAAUUGCAUGCUAGGACCGGGCGUGAGUCUUAAUGGCGCCAGACAUGCUCUUCCUGCUACGACCGAUGGACAUCGCGGCACCUAUGGUGGCCCGAUCACAAUCGAGGAUGAUGUUUGGAUUAGUGGUCAUUGCAUUAUCUUGUAA